AUGCCCCACAAGGGUCAUAUGGCCCAUAUGGCUCAUGAGCACAUGUUUGUGUGGAAUUCGUUUCUCACACGCCCCAUCCGCCAUGCCCUCGGCACGAACCGCUGGACACUCGCUCUCUCCCAUGGCUUCUUCCACCAGGAGCGCAUGUCCAUUUUUGGCCGAGUCAUUUCGCUGGUGCUCAUCGCCCGUCGCUCGCGCCACUUUGCGGGAACACGGUACCUCAAGUGGGGGGUGAACGACCGGGGGCGAGUGGCCAACGAGGUGGAGGUGGAGCAGCUGCUGCUCUGCACCGCUCUGCACCGAGCGCAUGUCCAUUUUCGGGCGAGUCAUUUCCCUUGUCUUGAUAGCGUGUCGCUCGCGCCACUUUGCCGGAACGCGGUACCUGAAGAGGGGGGUGAACGACCGGGGGCGAGUGGCCAACGAGGUGGAGGUGGUGCUCCUUCAUGUUGUUGA